AUAAGACUGGCCCAGUGUAGCAAACUGACCGGCCGUAAUCAAGCAAAGACGCGCAACAGCCGAUCGACACAGAUGACAUCCGACGCAUCACGCACCUGACGCACAGAGACUGCAAGUCUGCAACGCCGAUUCGUCGGACGUCGCCGCUCCACGGUCGCUCGCUCCUCCGCUCCGCCGCUCUCAUCGCUGGAGGCCGGACACGCACGGACGCCCCUCUUCUGCUCGUCGUCUGCUCCUGCCCAUCACUAGACUGCUGUCUUCUUCUCUAGAGCCUUGAGGACUCCAAUCUGCUGCUGUUCGUCUGCGCCGGCUGCUCGUCUGCUAAGCCAAGGUAACUAGACAGAAGGUUAAAAGUAGGAGAGCGAUUAGUUUACUUCCUUUUCUGGUAAAUAUUAUGGACAAAGAUGGAAAAUUUCGAUGCGUGGAGUGUGGAUCAUCGGUUAACUCUCUCUACAUCCAAUACUCUCCCGGCAACAUACGUCUCAUGAAAUGCGAGAACUGUAAAGCUGUCGCCGACGAGUACAUUGAAUGCGAAAUCAUGAUUAUCUUGAUUGAUUUUAUCCUACAUAAAAGACAAGCUUAUAGGCACUUGUUCUACAAUAUGUUUACUCGGGAGAAACUUAAUUUUGAGGGAUUAUUAUGGAAAUCACUACUGGUGUUCCUUCUCUUGGAUUCUUAAUGAUGAUUUUAUGCACUAGUCCUAAGGAGAGGAUCUGGCCUACGACCUUUGCUUCACUGACCUCCAUCUACGGAAAGGUUGUGUUUGGAGUCAUCUUUGGGAACCUGGUUUUUCUUGGAACAUUACUAUUUGGCGCAACGAGGUUUCUGGAAUCAAUUGUUAGAAAUUCUGGGUAUAGGUCUGUACUGCUUGUAGUCCUCGUCUCGAGUUACUUAAAGAUCUUCCUUUUGGCCAUGAUGGUAUGGGAAUUUCCUCCUGCUGUUAUUUUUGUUGUUGACAUGCUUGUCAUCUCAUCCAAUACAUUAGCAUUAUCUGUGCUUACAGACAAAGAUACGAUUCAUUGCCUAUGGAUCUGCAUAGCUGCACAAAUGUUGAAGUUACUCAUGGAGCACAGCCUCAUAGGAUUUCCAACUCUCUCCCAGUGCUAUUAAUCUCCCAUGAAGUUACUUUGACUUGGAAAUUUCAAUACAUGGAAUCGGCUUUAGAGGCACUAUGCCAACUGGGUAAUAUGCAUCAUUUGGGGUUCCAUAACUAUAUAGGGGUUGCAAAACUAGCCAUGUUAGAUUUGUUUUGGCACUUUAGAGACAUUUUUUUCAAAACCAUCAAGAAUAAUAUAAUAUACUCUUGAAGCCAUUAAAAAUUGCCAAGUCUACCAAAGUAGUAUUGUUCAAGUUUAGGAUCCAAAUGAAUGUGGUGAAGUAGCAAUUUUUUAAAAUUUAAAAUGCAAAUUACAUUUUUGUAUGAAUAGAAAUGCAGAAGACUAGCAUCUAAAACAAAAUGCAAUUUGGCCUUUUAAAUUUAACAGUUUCACAUUAACCAGGUCCACCAGAUGACUUUAUCAAUCAAGUUUGAUAGUUGCGGGACAAAAAUGCACUCCCCCCAGUAGAUGAUGUGUAUCUGAUCAUUGUAAAUACUCCUUAUGUAAUUUGCAUAUCAUUGUACCACUCACCCCCCUCCCCCCCUCCAGAACGAAAGAAAGAUAGGUGGUUUUAACUUUGUGAGCACAUGAUAAACUAUAUCAAUCGAUAAACUAUAUAAUGUUGUGGUAUGUUUACAGAUACUAUUGUCUACAAGACUACAAAUCAUAGUGUAAAAAUGAGAAAACAAAGCCACACACUCACUGACACACUUGUUGGUUUGUGGGAUUCUGGGUUUAGAGACAAAGCCUUCUCCUACAUGCCUCGAAGGGAAGGGAAUGCUUCCAAGGAGAGUACUUUGAGUAGCCCAACUCCUUAACUAGUUCUUGAAUCAACUCUUUGCAUAUGUAAUCUUGUAAAAGCACUCCAAUAUUUCUAGCCUCUCCAUGCUCACCACAAGCUAUGUCUCUGCAAACUUCCUCCACACUCCUGAGUCCUGACCACUGCUUUGCUGCGCCACUUCACCGAAUCACCGGAGAUGGUCUAAUCACUUCUUCCCGCUUUGUUUGGAAAUGACUUGUUUUCAAUUUCUUGAGGAUAGAGUUAAUAUUUCCAUCUAUGGCUACAUUGUCCGUUGCUUGCGCUGUGCACAAAGAUAAUAAAAAUGUCAAGUCAUCUCACCAUGAACAAAGAUAAGAAUACACGAUACUUUUCCAGUUUUCCUAUCAUGUUGACCAUUUAAGAUGGGAGCUUAUAAGGUGUAAAUAAAAACACAUUUGUUUUAGCAAGAAUAA